AUGAUUGGAAACUUUAAUUUGACCAAAGAUGAGAUCAUUCAUGUACUUGUCGGUCAAAAAGGGGAAAAGGAGAGUUUUAACUCAAAAACAGCCGGAGGUGGAGGAGGUACAUUUGUAGUGAAAGGAAACAACAAGUCUUUGAUUAUAGCUGGAGGUGGAGGAGGAAUUAAAAAUGUAUUGGAACAACAUCCUGGAUGUGAUGCGUCCAUAAACACAACAGGGAAUGGAGGGUAUAACUUGCCAUUGGGUUCAGGAGGCAGCAACGGAAAUGGAGGAAAGGCCAGUACAAAAUAUUCAGGUACGCGGAGAAAGAAGAAAAAAACAAAACAAUCAGUAGGUUCAAUCCAUCAGGACAAGAGGACGACAGUAAGAUUUGUCAGAACUUAAUUGUUGAAAUUACUAAUUCUAACUUUGAAGUUUUUCUUUUCUCGGAGGCACCUCUUAGAAUAUCAGUUUUUUAAAAAAUCCUACGUAUCACCUCAUGUACAUUUAUUUUGUCCUGAUAAACUGUUCUAUUUCUAGCAAUUGACUACCCAAUAAUAUUUUUGAAUAAAUUUCUAAAAAUUGAGAAGUGCACUAAGUUGAUAAUAUUGUGAAUCGCCGUUUAAACGCUCUUAAGUAAGUAAUCAAAUAGAAGCCAUUUAUUAGACAACUGCUUCUCAGUUUUCGUUUAUUGUAGGUAGUGGCGGCGGCGGUUUCUACAGUAAUGGACAAAGUGCUUCGAGCGGUUCUGGUCGAGAAGGUAAAGGAUAUCUUCAAGGAGGAGAGGGUGGAGAUGGUAAGGGUGGGUUUGGAGGUGGCGGUAGUUUACGUUGGAACCGUGGAGCUGGAGGAGGUGGAGGUUACUCCGGAGGAGACGGUGGAGCUAAUGAAGAGUUUUACUGUGGGGGGGGGGGGGGGAGGGGGGGGGAGGAUCUCUUAACAAUGGGACAAAUCAGCAAAAUGAAUGUUGUUUUAAUAGGUAUGGACAUGGUAGAGUGA